CGAAUGUUGGGACUUUGUGUUUACUUACAUACGUGUGUUACAUGAACCUAUACAACGUUAGGUUAAACUGUACGCCAGUGAAUAAGUUCCCAUACACACAUUUUCACGUUGUAAUUACUGCUGCCGAAAAUGGAUGGAUUGCAGGAACCAAUAUGCGCAGGUUGCGAGUAUUAUGAAGAUAAUUACAAGAAGGCUUUAGACCGGUUUUUGCUGUAUAAAGAAAAAAUAAUGUGUACACAGACUCUGAUCCAGAAAUAUGAAAGGAGGAAGCAGCAGAAUCAGCAACUCUUAAGAAAACUGCAGAAGUCACGGCACAGUGCUGCAACUGUAAGAGAGAGAUUUAUGCAUUAUAUGGAGAGAUAUAUGCCACUUGAAAAGUCGCACAAUGACCUUAGAGCUGCGUACAAUGAACUUGAAAGCAAACUGCACACACAGAGUACAGCACUUAUCGCUCUGCAGCAACAUAAUAAGCAGCUUACUGCUCUUGUUGAAGUACAGGAAAAAGAUGUGAAUGAGUACAAGGACAAGAGUGAAAGAAUAGAAGAAGAGUUGAAAAAGAAGCUAAAGGGUGCCCAUACAGCCAAGGCAAAGGCGGACCAUAAAUAUCAUAAUAUAGCGAAGUCGGCUAUAGAACUGGCAGUUAUAUUGCAGGACAAAGGAAUGUUACCAGAUUCCUACAAACUUUGCUUAAAAUCAUGGAAAAAACAGCUUUCACAAGACAUGAAGCAUGAAAACUUUUGUGAUAAUGGAGGAUUUUCUCCUGAUAAGGCAUCAAGUAUCAGCUCACAAGACACUGGCUUUGAUUCUUCAAAAAGUAUGUCUGAUGAUGAAAGUCAGUUUGAUGAAAAAGUGAAUAGAAGAAAAGGUGCAGCUGGUGACAAAAGGUGUAAUAACACUUCAAAAUCUGCUACCCCAUCAAUUCCACUGGAAACUUCUGUUUGUGACAAAUCAGUGAAUACAAGUGACAUUCUAAGAGACUUCCAUACUCCAUGUGCAACAGACAGUUUUCAGAAUCUUAGAGAUAUUGGUGUUAAUACUUCUUUAUCAAUGCUUACCUCAGAUUUGAAUAAGUUUUUGGAUGAAGUGGCAAUAAAUGACUCUAAGAAUUUAGAACAGUCACCUCUUGAUCAGGGCAUGGAGAAUCAUGACAUAGAGCCUUUGCCCUUUGGUGCAGACUCGCAAAUGAUUGAGCCUCACUGUAGUCAACGAUGGUCAAUUUUUUUCACCAGUUAA